AUGGACAAGGAGCUGAGCAAUCAUGACCAUCACUUCAGUGAGCAAGACUUAGAUGCGAUCACCAGCAAGAUCAGUGACCUAGGCAAAUGGAGAGAUAUCUUCAGUCAACAAGGUAAAUUCCUUAGAGACUGGCUGCCGGUCAUCAUUGAUUCAGGAGCAGGAAGUUUUACCUGCAGAUGCAGCAAACAGUUAAGAAGAUUACAAUUCAAGGACACAGUUGUGAAGCCUCCUUAUGGCCUCUUCACAAGUUACUUUACUACUUAUCUCUGUGUCAUCAGCAAAUUUAACCUAUUUUAUUCUGCUCUUACACAGAAGCAUCAGGACAAUCGCAAGGCUGAGGAUGACAGUGAAGAUGGAGCCGGGUCACCUCUGUCUAGCAGUGUCAAGUCUCGUAGCCACUUCUCCACAUUCAGUGCUCCCUACUCUGUCCCAAAAGAAUUUGUUGUAUCUUCAAAUCUAGGCGGUCUGCCCAUUACAUUGGAGACAGCAGUGGCGUUACGGAAGAUUCUGUUUGGAACAGCAGUUCAAGUUUUCAACUAUGAAUGGAAGAAAUCCCACUUCAAAUUCCGAGAUCCUUAUUCAGACUUGGCGUAUGCACUGGAGGCAGAAAGGGGUGGUACAAGGUCCAUUCAGAUGGCUGUGCAAGCACAUGUUCUCAAGUACUUACUGUUCACCAGAAAUAGUGAAGUGGAAAGCCAUAACAUUAAAUGCCUGCUUGGAGUGAGCCAUAAGGAGCAAGAAAAUGCAUUGGCAGCAGCGCUUUCUGACAUCCUGUGGAUAGCAGGGGAAGGAGCUAAGAGCUUUGUUUGUUUGGUGACCACUGACUGUUAUUUCGCUCCUACAAUUGACUACAAAAUGGACAGCUACACAGAGAGACUCCAGCUCUUCAAAUUCACAGAAAAGGAAAAACUGCAGAAUUUCAUAUCUGAACAUAUAAACUGUUUUAAAGGUGAAGGAAGUCAUGCGAUCAUUCUCUUCCUGUACAGUUUACUCUUGUCAAGGACUCUGGAAAGGCUCCAUAACGAUAUGGACAACACAACCUCUCAUCUCUUGCAGUUAAGCCUGGGAAAUUUCAUUUGCAGACAAGCCCUUAUAAACCUAAUGCUCACUGGGAGAGCCAGUCCAAAUGUUUUCAAUGGAGACCUUCAGUAUGAUGACCAAGGUGCCCUGCUUAAAGAAUCACAUCAUGGAGUCCUUGCUCGAAGUGAUGUGGGCUAUCUCUACUGGAACAGAUAUGAGUUGGAGCAUGACAAGCUCCCACAGGUUGGAAGCAUGUUGAAAACUCCAAAACUCCCCAUAUGGCUGUGCAACAUUAAUGACACUUUCAGUGUGCUGUUCAACACCAAUCGACUACUCUUGUCUGACUGGAAAAUGGAGCACCUCUUCGAUCUGUACUUUUACAGUGGCCAGCCUAUACAGACAAAGACAGUCACACUAACCAUAGAUACUCACUCCCAUCACUGGGAAGAAGGAAUGCACAAGAAGGUAGGAGAUCCUGAGAAAAGGUUCCCUUCAGUGGAAAUGACAGUUCGUACCAAGUGGGAAGGAGCUGCUAUUGACUGGAAUGGAACUGUACCAUUUUUCUGA